UCCUCGUUGGAGAUAUAUUUAAGGGCACUGACAGGCUCAAGUUCGAAAGAUGUCAAAGCCCAUCGCUGUGGACACACCCGACGGAUGGAUUGUGACCCCCAUCUCGCCUCCCGACGGCGUUGGUUGCGAACCCUCCACGCCACCCCUCCAGAUCCCCACACCACUCUCGCGCGCCUACUCCGCUGCAUUCUCGACGGGCCCGCUUGUCCUUUCUCGCAAUGUGCCGGAUGACCCCCACGUCACCUCCACUAAUUCUACUGCGUCCCACUCUUAUUAUCAAGAACUCCGUUCCACCCUCACCGAAAAUCCUGCGAGUGAUUACUUGCGUUUUUUCGAUCAUCGGCUGCCCUGGAGCGCAACUGGGGAUAGUAUCCAGAGUAGCUGCGAGCCAUCUCAUCAUCGUCAUCAGGAGUCCUUUGUGCCAGGCACUGAGGAGCCCACUGCCAAGCCCGUUCCUUCGUCUUUAUUCCACGGAAAUGGAAGCAGCUACAGGAAGGUGGAUGGGGAAGGGAAAGUCGUUCGUGCUGCACUGGAUGCCCGCCACAACAAAUAUCUAGCCAGCUCUGAGGCUGCCCGAUUUACGCCUGGGCCUAAGGAGCUCGCUUCCUUAGCUCACCGCUUCUAUCCUACAGUUGAAGGUGCAGGCAUGUGUCACGCGUACAUCACAUCUGUUGUGCGCUUCAGGGACAAUGAUGCGGUGCGACACCGGUCUCUUAUACUGGCGGUCGCCCGAUACGGUAUGCCGAAUUUCGGCCUUCGGAUUGAUCGUUUUCGGGAUCACACGUUAUCGUGGCCCGAUUCGCCCUGCACCGUAACUGUGUCUGAGAAUUCGAAUCUGCUUCAUGAUGUGAGGUCAAGUGAAGAAGCACGAUUGGAACUUCCGCGACCUGUUCCGUUGCUUGAGUUUGGUAGAGUGCUCGAGGUCGUUCUAAUCGAGUGUGGUCCAUACAAUGUAUUCGCGGAAAAUUGUUGGUUUGUGGUCUCUAUGGUGGAGGAACUAUUCACGGAAAUGUUCGGUGCUCGCUAUGUGAAAGGUGGAGCUAGACGAUCACGACUCGCUCGCCAGACGCGUGCCAGAAUUCGAAGCAAGCUGGGUCUUAGGGAUUCCGAGUGACAAGAUAGGUCACGUUCAGUUCUAGGACGGUUCCUUAUGAAAAAACAUAACGACAAUGAAGAUUUGUGGAUUGGAAUCAUAUAUAUAUAACUUUGGUUGUGACUUGUUCUGGGCGCAUUUCAAGCGCCUUGGCUGUUGAUGACGAACGUUGUUUGCGCAUACUGACUGAGUUAAUCUGCUUGUACCCAUGUAUGUACGUCUUUCUACUAGCCAACAGAAAAGCUUUGUUUCAG